UAACGAUUUGUAUUAGGUAUUUUAAUUUAGAAUAGAAUUUUUAAGGGAAUUUUCAAUUGAUUAUUCGAGAAAUUGCAAGAAAAACAGUGUAUUUUAUUGGUGCGUCAUUUACGGGUAAUCGUUCCAGUCUCAGAUGGAUUUCGACAGUCCAGACGUAGAAAAAGACUUUCCCGGGCUGUAUGCUUCGGAAACCGGUGGUAAAAGCAAAAAGGAUGACAAGGAUUUUGUCGAAGCAGAAGCGGAAAAAGUAAGCAAGAAAGAGCUUCUAAUCGGUCGGAGAAAGGACAAGAAAGAGAAAAAAUCUGCCUACGCCGCUUUGGAAGGUGAAAGCUCUCCAGAGGAAGAGUUGGAAACAAAAAGCCCUUCGAAGUCAAAAAAAUCGAAAGCAUUCAAAUUUCCUUCCAAAAGCAAGGAAAAACGCGAAAAAUCCCGUGAGAAAGAGAAACCGGAAUGUUUUAAAUUAGAGGACACGAAACAGCCAGAAAAGCCGGAGAAGGAGAAGAAAAAAGAUAAAGAUAAGAAAGAUAAGGACAAGAAGGAAAAGUCUAAGGAUAAAAAGGACAAAAAGUUAAAGCAAAGUAGCGUCAGUGAGGAAGUUCUAGAAUUAGGAGAUGCUCAGCCCAUCUUCGGUGUUUCGCUGGGGCUUGCAGUAGAACGUAGUCGAUGUCACGACGGUGUUAAUCUCCCGCUGGUGGUGCGCGACUGUAUUGACUAUUUACAAGAGCAUGGAUUGCGAAGCGAUCAAAUUUAUAAAGUAGAAGCGGUUAAGACGAAGCUGCAGCAGCUUAAAAAGUCCUACAACAAUCGUGAAGGAAGCUUUACAAACGAGUUUGACACUCCAACAGCGUGUGGAUUGCUGAAGCUAUUUCUUCGAGAACUUCCGGAACCGAUCUUGACUACUGAUUUAUCGACACGAUUCGAAGAAGCAGCCUCGCACUCGCAGGUGUCGCAGCAGGAGCAAGAGCUUGUCGGUCUGGUCGAGCAACUACCCAGCUGCAAUAGAACACUACUGUCGUGGGUUAUCCUUCACCUGGAUGUUGUGACGCAAAAUGAAUCGUACACCAAGAUGAACGCCCAGAACAUUGCAAUGCUUCUCAGCCCAACGUUGCAAAUGUCCCAUCGCUUGUUCGUUGCGAUUCUGUGCCACUGCAACAAUCUCUUUGCGGAUACAGAGCUGCUAAAAUAUGUUCCUCCUAUCACCGCAUCAAGCCCCAAUCUACCGGAAACACCGGACGAAAUUUCGACAGAGUUGAAGAAGCAAGAGAGCCUACUGGCACAAAUACAUGCUGAGAUGAAUGCAGGAUUUGUAUCAAAGAAACGCGAAGAGCAGCUAUGGGAAGUGCAGCGAAUCAUUACACAACUCAAAAGAAAACUUAAAUCGUUCGAGAAAAAAUCCGAUUGUACCCAGAAAAGUUUGGACGACACCGUUGAUGGUGAUAUUUCAAUCGAUUUGAACAAAGCCAAGUUAUCCUGUUCCGAUGACGAAUCCUCAAUAAAAACCGUCACUGGCAUAUCUACUGAAUCGGCAACGAACACUGAGACGAAAAAUACUCCUCAUGAAACACCUGAGGAUGUUGCACUCAUCGAGCAGAAAAUAAGCGAAACUGAAUCACCUGAAAACGUGCAGGCUGACCAACCGGCAACCGUCGUUCACACAAGUGCCGAUCCUGCGAAAUCGGCUGAACAAGUGAUUGUCACAGAUAAUGGCUUCAUGCUGCUCCAAGAAAAUCAUCCGGACUAUCUGCUGUUGAUUCGUUUGCAACUUGAAAAUCAGGAGUUGCUAAAUUGGAAGGCACAACUGCAGGCUAGAAUCAAUGCAGAACGAGUGGAAAUCGUUCGAAUGAAAAAAAUAUUGAUUACAGACAACGGAAUUACCCACGGGCCAAGCAGUUUGGAUAGUACUGUCAGUGAUAAUGAAGAUUACGAACGGUUGAUUGCUCAUUAUGCAAAAGAAAAUGCACUUUUGGAACAAAAGCGUCAAAUGCUCGCAAAAGAAAUUUUUGAGGAAAGUAAAGCUUUGAUUCAGAUGCAAGUUGAUCUGGCUUUGAAUCGUUAUAAAAUAUAAUUGACUUUUAAUCAACUAAAUGACUAAACUCUCUAAGCAUGCAUUAAUGUUCAUGUUAAAUAAAUGUA